UAGUGAGUUGUCUUCCUUGGUUGCGGAAACAGCAGAUGGCAGCACGUCAGAAUUGAAAUUCGAUGUCUGCAAAAUGACAUUUGUUCAGCUUUAACGAAAAAAUAACAUCUUGGUCUUCUACGGUUGUAUACCUGCCAACCACUGGCCUUAGGUUCAUUUAUAAGGAAUGUCUGAGCCAGAAAAUAGUCAACAAAGUGUGCAAACAGUGAACAACACACCGGCCGAGCAUAUUGAGGGUGCCUGUGGUGGAGAGACAGGGUUGCGGCCAAGCACCCCAUUCAGUGAAAAUGAUGAUAAUCUAAGUAUGGAAGUUAGAUUUAGUGAAGGAAGUUCCCAUCAUGCUAGUGACAUCUCGUCUGUGUCGUAUCAAAAUCUCCUAGAUGAAGAUACAACAACUGCUGACCUCUCAAGACGUGGCAGUGAUGACAGUGUUGAUUCCUACCUACACGAGUACAGCGAUGAUAUUCCACGAACUGGUGAUAUAAAUCUACCUAGUCAGGACGCUAGGAGUUAUAGUGACAAAAUCAAUGAAAGAAUCUCAAUUCAGUUGACUGAGGAAGAUAUAUGUCUCAAGAAAGAGGAUUAUGAGUUUAUGAAAAGUUCUCAAAGUGUUAAAAGUGAUCCGGGUCCUGAAAUGAGAGAGAAGGAUUAUCAAUUAAAGUAUGUGAAAUCUAGCUCCAUGAAUCCACCUAUGUCUGUUCAAGAUAGCUUUAGAAAGCAUGAGCUUGUUGUAACAAUGAGGGAUCAGGGGAGGAGUAAAUCUCUUCCGCCCAGCGAGGAUAAACAGGUAGAGAAAAAAAGAAAUAGUUUAGAAAUCCGUAACAAUAUUCCAGUUGCUGGAGAGGUGAAAAAUUAUGAGAAAGACAUUCAUAUUGAUAAUGUUUCAUUCAAUAGUCAUGGUGCGAUGCCAAAAAUGAGGAAACAGUCACCAGGUCUGGCAUGUAGAGUGGAAGAUAAACAAACAAACAGUCCUAAAAUUUCUAACACUGAAAGUUCAUCCAUGAAAAUGGAUAGCAAUGCUACACAAAUAAUAAAUGACUUGAUACAAGUUUCUAAAGCGAAUGCUGCAGCUCUAAAUGCAGCAAGUAAGAAGACUAAUGGAACCGGAGAGACUGAAGAGUCAACCACAAGUGCAAUAUCUCAUAAUGGUGUGGCAGUCACCCAACCACCAGCAGAUAUAAUAAAUGAGUAUGAAUAUGUAAAGUAUUCUAGGAUACAAGAAGGGAACUCGUAUGUUGGUAUGAGGCUAGCUUAUAGUAGUUCCGAGUCAGAUAGCCAGUGUCAAAGAUCAGUGGAAGGGGAACAUGAGCUGCGGGAAAGCUCACGUGUAGAACUUCCUGACUUAGAAGGUUACAACAGGCAACAUAGUCCUGAGUCUAAUUCUUUACAGAACUGUAUAAAUGAGGACAUGUUAACGGAAAUACCACUAAAUGGACCUGAAAACAUUGUUAUAGGAGAGGAUGGUAAAUUGUUCACUUUGUCCCCAGAGAAUACAGAAUGUGAUAGCGUAGAGAUAGAAAGUGUUGUAUCAGAUGGUGACAAUGAAGCUGUUGGAAUGCCAAAUGUAGAGGAUGGAUUGUCCAGUAGUCAGACUAGUGACACAGAAGAUGUUAAAUCAGAGCAUAACACACCAAAGAAGAUGCUUCAAAAGAAACAACAAGAAGAACUGGAGAAAAAGUUACAUAGUUUAGAGUGUGCGGCAGUGAAACCUAAAGAGAUGGAUGCUGAAGCCAUUAUGGAUGAUCUGAAAAUGAAACGAGAAGCAUUGGAUCAUGCAAUAUCUGAGAUAAAGUCAGCUAUUCAAAAAAGCAAGGGUGUUGCCUUGGAAACCCCUGUAGAGGAAACAGAAGAUGAUCCAAUAUGGGUCAAAAGGGAGGAGACUCAAGUUAUACCUAAAGGAGGGUCAACAUAUGAGGUAGUGAAUGGUCGAGAUGAUUUAGAGACAAGAAAACAGCCAGAACUGAGCAGGAAAGAAGAUGAGCAGGCGUAUCUGAUGGAAAAUGAGAAGGAGCGCCUUCUAGGAACACAGUAUACAAGGAAUGAUGGGAAAAUAUAUACAACGCCAAAAGGCUACGACAGUGAUGACGAGUACGACGAUGACGAUGUUCGUUACACGCGCAGAAAUCGUGGAAAGAAGUACUCGCAGCUGGCAAAAGACGACUCGCAGGAUUACACUAAUCGUAGCCAUUACCUGGAUAAUGACACGUCUCAAUUACGUAUUGAUAGUGUGAGCAUGUACGGAGAUACAAACUCUUACACGUUCACGCAGGAUAGCCACAGCGAUCGUAGAAACUCCGAAUCACUAGGAUCUUCGGAAGAUUUCAAUAGUGAUUCUGAUAUAACUACCAAACAUGCUUAUGUUCGGUCCAGGAAAGAAGGAGAUUUUGACACAGAUGAAGAGACAGAUCAGUUGCUAGGGAAACAGUAUGUUGGUAACCAGUAUGUUGAUAUACCAGAGUUAAGUCAACCACCAGUAAACAGAAGUGCUCAGGCAGAGAAAAGAAAGUCCCGUGCUAAAGAAGUUGAACUCAAUGACCCUGAUAAUCCUUCAGUUCUGAUAGAGGGCGUUCUGUUUCGGGCGCGAUACCUUGGCUCGACACAGCUCAUAUCCGAGGGUCAACCUUCAAAGGCAAUGAGGAUGAUGCAGGCUCAGGAAGCUGUUGGCAGAAUAAAGCUGGCAUCUAAAUCAGGAGAUGAAGCACCACUUAGUGACGACGAUAAACCACUGGCUCCUGAAGGUGAGAACCAACCCAGUACUGAAGUUGACUUGUUUGUGUCAACAGAGAAAAUAAUGGUGCUCAAUACAGAUCUUCAGGAGAUCAUGAUGGACCAUUCAUUAAGAACAAUCUCCUAUAUAGCCGAUAUUGGUGAAAUUCUAGUCAUCAUGGCACGUAGACGCUUGAUUGGUAGUCCUGGUGACACAGAUUCUAUGAGACGCAGAAAACAGGCAAAAAUCAUCUGUCAUGUUUUUGAGAGUGAAGAGGCGCAGUUGAUUGCGCAGUCCAUUGGCCAGGCAUUCCAGGUGGCUUAUAUGGAAUUUCUGAAGGCCAAUGGUAUAGAAGAUCCUGGAUUGAUGAAAGAGAUAGACUAUCAGGAAGUAUUAAAUCAACAGGCAAUAUAUGGAGAAGAACUUACCAUGUUCUCAAACAAGGAAAAUCAAAAAGAGGUUAUUGUACCAAAAGUGAAGAAUGAACAGUUGGGUGUGGUGAUAGUGGAGUCCGGUUGGGGCUCAAUGGUUCCCACAGUUGUGUUGGCGAAUAUGAACCCGACAGGUCCAGCAGCAAGGUGUGGUCAGCUGAAUAUAGGUGAUCAAAUAAUCUCGGUAAAUGGAAUAAGCCUUGUUGGUCUGCCACUGUCCAGUUGUCAAACUAAUAUAAAGGGAACACGUCAUCAAACGGUUGUGAAAUUAACAGUUGUGCCAUGUCCACCAGUUGUAGAGGUACUAAUAAAAAGACCGGAUGUAAAAUAUCAGCUCGGAUUUAGUGUUCAGAAUGGUGUGAUAUGUAGUUUACUGCGAGGUGGUAUAGCCGAGCGUGGUGGGGUACGUGUUGGACAUCGAAUCAUUGAGAUCAACAAUCAAAGUGUUGUUGCAGUUCAACAUGAAAAAAUUGUCUCCUUACUGGCAAACUCAGUUGGUGAAAUCCAUAUGAAAACAAUGCCAACAUCUAUAUUCCGACUGCUCACUGGACAAGAAACACCACAUUAUUUAUAGUAGUAGGAAUUGUUAGAUAUUGUCCCGUGUACCAUUCAAUAUCUGCUCACCCUGCCAUGAUAAAUACAAUAUUGCCCACCUAGAGUAAAAUAUAGACCCGGCACUAGAUCAUACAUUGAUACAACUGAAAUCCGAUUUGAUGAUGUGUCAUACUGAAACAGUGUAUGGAAUAGUUUUCUACGGGGGGAACAAGGCUUCAAUUCUCUUUGAAUGUGAGAAAUGACGUGCAUUUAAUAAUGACACAAGCUGAUGUGUUCUUCACCAUGAAUUAUUCAAUCUUGGGCGAUAUAGAACAGUUCAUUUGAGACGGAAAACUUUGAAGAUUUUCCUUUGAUGGAAAAGUCAGUGUUGUCAAUUCCUUAGCAGGACAUUUCUUCAAUCCUUGAUGGUGAAUUGGCAUAAAAUGGAAGAUAGAAAGACCAUUGUCAUGUUUUUUGCCCUUUUUUUUAUAGGAUAUUGCGCAAUACUGUGUAACAUGUCACCUGGUGGGAUAAUGCAUCAUUCCUUUUUGUUUUCCAGGCAUAUAAAAUUGAGCAUUCCAAGAUAAAAAAAUCUUCUCUCUUUUGAUAGGGCAUUUGAUGACCUAAACUCGGGAAAUAGAACUGUUUCAAUAAAAUAAUAAUGUUGUUUAAGACAUUGUCAAUAUGUCAUUCAAUAGAACAGUUUUAUUUGAGGAUGAUAAACAUUUGAAAACACCACGGCUUUUCAGAGUACAGGCCUAAGUGACAAAUUUGAUAACUUAGAAAUAUAGGCAUGGUGUUUUUACUGAAGAUAAAAUCAUUUUCUAUUUUGAAAUUAAGAAUUUAUUAACUAGCAAGAAUAUCAUUUUAAGAAAUUUAUCUUCCCACAGUAAAUGUCAGCAUAAAAUUUAUUUCCAGCAGAGGAAAAAAAACAGGUAAUGAAAAUGUCAAGGAAAUUUUGUUAUGUAAUAUAAGCAAAUAAGGACAAAUUAAUAAUGUUAAACAUUCAGAAGGCUGUCAUAAUAUAGGCUGUAUACAAUGGAGAAUGCUGAACUUUUAUAGACAUAUUGGUUAGAUUUGAUUUUUAGCUUGUCUGUUUUGAAGAAAAAACUUAGCUACUAUCAACAUGAAACUUGAAAUACUUGCUUUUCAUGACAAGGUGCAGUUGUUAGACAAGGGGCGUAAUAUUGAAAGCAAUAUUUUUGGAGUUAUGCCCCUUUUUUAACUGGAGUUAUGCCACUUUUAACUAAGAAUUUUUGUCAAAAUUAAUUGUACUUAACUUAUUAAUACUGCAUGCAGUUCUCUUGUUAAUGACAUAAAAUAUUAAAGAAAUUUCCUAUGUUCUCACAUGACAGAAUUUUAUUUUUUAAUUUCUGAAGACAUAUAUCAGACAGUUACUGCAAGUUGCAAUCAAUGAUAUUUUAGAUUGAACAUUUCAAAUAGUUACAGCUUACACAGUUAUGCCCUUUUCAUGUAGAUGAAAAUUGGUUGGAGAACAAAUCUAGUCACUGAAUACUGCCAUUUUGUUCCAUUCUUGUAAAACUAGGCGGGUGAUAAUCAUGCAGAGUAAAAGGUUCAGAAUGUGUUGAUUAGUCUCUGAGAGAUACAGGGAAUUAAUAGGCCAAUGACACUUAAUAUUGUGCAAGGUCACUGUAGACAUACAUAAUUUUUGUGUGUGUGUCAAAUUUUAGGUUACAACUCUACAAAAAAAAAAUUACACAGUAUUGCAUACAUGUAACAAACAAUUUUCUGUGUUGAAUAAAAUGAUAUUUCUGAACUUAACUAUGUCUAGUUUUGUUACAGGAUAUAGUCAAGCAUGAAAUGAUAAACUAUUAUAAUACUAGCAGGUAAUUAAGCAUUAAAGUACAUUCCAGAUUAUAAUAACAAACUAUGGGAGAAGUUUUGCUUCAAGGAUGUCUAAUAAUAUGAUACUUUAUGUGUUGUACAUUAUACUGAGGUCAUAAUGUUCAUAUUUGAGCUUUUAUAUUAAAGUAUUGCUACCUUAUGUCAUUCACUCAGUCUAACUGACUAUAUAUUCUUGGCUGCUUAUUUCAUAACCCGCUGUAAUUAAAACUAAGCCUUUUCCACAGGCCUGUCUGUACAUCUGUGUAGCCUGACCAGGCUCUAUACUUUUGGUAACUCAGUUUUUGUAUUUUCAUAUUGAUAUCCCAUAAAUGUCAAAUGGAUUCCAAAAGCAAACUGGGCAAUUUCAUUAAGUCCGCAGGUUAAAGGUUAAAUAUUGAAAGACCAUAAAUAAUAAAUAAGGCAGUUGUAAAUCUACACCCAACAUUUUAUGUCUAUAAUUAAAUUUAUCAUAGUAACGGUUAAAUGACACAUUCCAUUGUUAGAGGGUUUAAAUAGAUCUGAAUUUUUAGCUUAGCAAUUUAAUUAAAUUGUGUUAAAGAUCUCAGUGGAUUCAUAUAAAGCUUAUGAUAAUAAUGCUAUGGUUUUGGCUGUUUUGGAUUUUGUAAUAUUAUAAAGGAUAUUUUAUCAAUAAUAGCUGUAUAAGUCAAAACAAUGGAGGAAUCUUGUUCUCA